GUAGGAUCAACAGGUCGAGGGGAAAAAAGUAUGGGAGGCGUUGCUUGGACCGAAGAAGAAGAUCAGUUGCUCAAGAAAUGUAUAGAGCGGUACGGUGAAGGGAAGUGGCAUCGGGUGCCUCUUUUGGCUGGUCUAAACAGGUGCCGUAAAAGCUGUCGGCUGAGAUGGUUAAACUACCUACGCCCAAACAUCAAAAGAGGAAGUUUUGCAGAAGAUGAAGUUCAGCUCAUCAUUAAGCUUCACAAGCUCUUAGGAAACAAGUGGUCACUGAUUGCUGGAAGACUCCCGGGAAGAACAGCAAAUGAUGUGAAGAAUUAUUGGAAUUGCCACUUGAGCAAGAAGCUUAGUGCUCAAGAAACCGAAGAGGAAUACCAAAGUGCCGUGAUGAACGUAGAAUCGAUAUCACCAAAGCCAGCUCGGAGCAUCGUAAUAACCCAAGAUUAUCAUGUUGCUCCGAAUAGCCUGCCAGCGAUCCAAGAAAGCAGCAUGUCGGCACCUUUCGACUUCAUCGGAGUUGAUCAACAAGGCCGCGAGCUCAUGAAAGAAGAAAUAGAGAUCAGAGUGCAGGAGCCUGCGGGUGGAGUAUUUAUCGGAGAUUUGGCCACGGAGGGUCAUCAGUUUGGGGAGUUUGAUGAAGUUAAUGUAUUAGGUAGGAGUGAUGAAGGAUGCAGCAAAUGGGAUUGGGAUGACUUGAUGUUAGACAUGGAUUUAUGGACAGAUUUAUUGUGAAUGUAAGUUUCCUAAGUGUCAACAAUCGCAACAAUUAACUCAAAUAAUGCAGUAUUAGAUCGAAUUGGUUCG